AUGGCCCCGAAAGAGGACAUGCUGCCCCCGGGCUGGGAGGAUCUAGACAGGCAGAUGGGCCAGCUGUUCAUGAUGGGCUUUGAUGGCACCUCGGUGAGCCCAGAGAUCCGUUCGCUGAUUGAGGAUUACCAUUUGGGGUCUGUCCUCCUGUCAGCCAAGAAUUUGAAAUCUGCGGAGGAAGCAACCAUGUUGGUACUGGAACUGCAGACUAUCGCUCGCAAUGCUGGCCAUCAGGUGCCGUUGCUUAUAUCACUAGACCAAGAGAAUGGAGGUGUGAAUAGCUUAUAUGAUGAGAUAUAUAUCCGCCAGUUCCCGAGCGCCAUGGGGCUGGCCGCGACUGGAUCAAAAGAAUUAGCCUACGAAGUUGCUCUCGCUACGGCGCAAGAGCUGAAGGCUGUCGGCGUGAAUUGGAUCCUAGGUCCGGUUUUGGAUGUUCUGACAAAUGUACGGAAUCAGCCUUUAGGGGUUCGCACAGCUGGGGAUGAUCCACAAGAAGCUUCACAAUAUGGCGUGCAGUCUAUGAAAGGAUACCAAGAAGCAGGCCUUGCGACAUGUGGGAAACAUUUUCCAUCAUACGGCAACCUUGAAUUUCUUGGGUCUGAGGCCGAGAUGCCGAUCAUCACCGAGUCUCUCGAGCAGCUCAGCUUAAGCGCAUUGGUCCCUUUUCGGAACGCUAUCAACCAAGGCCUUGAUGCCAUGAUGGUCGGUGGAGUUUCAAUGUCGUCAGCUGGCGUGAAUGUUAUGCAUGCUUGCCUAAGCGACCAGGUAGUGGAUGAACUUCUCCGGAAAGACCUCAAAUUUGAUGGAGUGGUUGUGUCUGAGUGUUUGGAAAUGGAAGCCUUGACACACAACAUCGGCGUCGGUGGUGGUACGGUGAUGGCGAAGAAUGCCGGCUGUGAUGUGAUCUUGCUCUGUCGCUCAUUCCCAGUCCAGCAAGAAGCAAUCAACGGAUUGAAACUCGGUGUCGAGAAUGGCAUAAUUGGCCGCCACCGCAUUGAGCAAUCAUUACGACGUGUCCUCGCUCUUAAGGCGCGAAUCACUUCAUGGGAGCAAGCAUUGAACCCACCAGGCGUCCUUUCCCUGACACAGAUGCAGCCUUCUCAUACCAACCUUUCAAUCAGGGCCUACAAUAAUUCGAUCACGGUAAUGAGAGACAAAAACAAUCUGUUACCAUUGUCCAAUAUCAUCACUCCCGCCGAGGAACUCUUGCUCCUGACGCCGUUGGUCAAACCAUUAGCGGCAUCUGCGGUCACUCUCUCAGCGAAAGAACCUAGACAUGGGUCCGUAGAACCAGUGGCUGCGUUGGAUCGGAGUGCUUCUGUCAUGAGCGGAGAAAGUGUUUUCAAAGAACUAGGACGAUCACUCUCACGCCAGCGCAAUGGACGAGUGCUACACACGUCAUACACCGCGAAUGGCGUACGGCCCAUCCAUGAAGAUCUCAUCAAGCGCGCCAACGCGGUGAUUAUUGUGACUGCUGACGCAAAUCGCAACUUAUAUCAACAAGCCUUUUCAAAACACGUCUCCCUCAUCUGCCAGUCACAGUACUCUCGGUCCGGCGAGCGCUACGACAAGCCCGUGAUCGUCGUUGCUGUCAGCUCGCCAUAUGAUUUUGUUACGGAUUUAUCUAUUGGAACCUACAUAUGCACCUAUGAUUUCACCGAGACGGCUCUGCAAACACUAGUGAAAGUUUUGUGUGGUGAGCUGACCGCCACCGGAUCAUUGCCUGGCUCUAUCAGCCGCAGUCAAAAAAUCCACCAAUCUCGACAACACUGGCUGGUAGAGAAUUGGAAUGAAGAUAGAGACGCUCAUGCCUUAGAUGCUUUGCUUGAUGCAGUCCGGGAUGAUUGCCCCAAGGGCCAGCGAUCAGAGCUUCUUGGCGCCACCUCCAACAGCUUCCUUCUCCGCGAAGAGAACAUUGACGAAGCGCACUUCGUCGUCCGGAAUAGCAGCACGCAGGCGCUAUACGGAUUCUGCGCCACCUACUUCUUCCGGUCUACCGGUACUGGUGUCAUUGGAUGCUUGAUUGUCGAUCCCUCUCGGCGGAAGCUGUCUAUCGGACACUCCCUCCACAGCCGCGCCAUCCGCACGCUUCUCCAGCAGAAAGGCAUGAAGCGCUUUCAGCUUGGAUCCCGGCUCCCGGGUAUCUACUUGGGAAUACCUACCGCCAGUCCGGUGGAGCGCAAACGACUGCGGCAGUGGUUUGCCAAUCUAGGCUGGAACACCGCGUUGUCGCGGCCCGUGUGCAGCGUGGUGCUCCGUAGUUUGGCGACAUGGAGCCCGCCCGAUGGGUUGACAGCGACCUUGCAGAAUGCGCAUGUGAAAUAUGACUUGGCCUAUGGCACGGAUUUCGCCAGAGAAAUCCUCGACCACAUCAAGACGAAUGCCCGGCAAGGGGUCGCGGACAUCUACCGCAUCGCGCUGGGCGGCGCCCCCAACUGUGGGGUGAUCCGGGCCAAACGUUCGUCGGACGAUUUGAUUAUCGGUACGAUCGUGAUCUAUAACGAAAGAUCGAUGCUAGCGGGACAUAUGCCUGCAUUGCGCGCUAGCAACACGCCCGUCGGAGGCAUCUCGUCGCCCGUUAUCUCCCCGUGCGCCGAUGAUUAUUCCACCGUCAUGCAGGGGCUGAUCCUGCUGGCUAUCAAGCAGAUCCGCAAGCUCAAUGCUCAAUCUGUGGUGAUGGACUGUGUGGACGGUGAUGGCAACUUCGACUGCCUAUCUUCCAUGGGGUUCAGCAUGCUCCACAGCUUCGAAGAGGUAAAUUCCGAUGCGGCGACCUGGACCAUGAUGCAUUCAUCGUAG